AUGUACAUGACUAUCGUGGUGCAGCAGCUUGGCGACCAGCGGCAAGCGGCCGGCGUACGCGACGGUACCGGUGGCGAGAUGCAACGUGCCCCCGCCAGUGGAGACCAAGCGGGCCUUGCAGCAGCAGCAGUGGUCGAGCCCACCACGGUAGAGCGGCUUGACCAUGUUGGCAAGCUUCUCGCCGAAAAGAAGCCUUGGCCCGCCUUUCUCCACAUCGGAGCUCGAGCAACGGAAGAGUGGGAGGCUUGCCCCACCCCCGUACAGGAGGCUCUUGCAUGGAUGACGACCUCAGCAGUUGGGGUGCUCGGUGUUGCGAGCGUCGGGCCCUUAGUGCCUGUGUGCGAGGCCUUCAAGGCGUUGAUCGAGGCCGCCGAGGGUGCAGCCGAAUGCCAAGACAAACUACAGAGCUUGGUGUCCCAGUGCGCGUUCCUCGCCACCGUCUUGAUCCAGCACGGUCGAGCGGUGGGUCCCCUCGCCCAGGUGCAGAAGCCCAUCCAAGACUUCGUCGCCACGACCAACGAGCUAGCAGGGUUCGCGGCUAGGUGGGCCAAGGGCGGUAAGUGUAGGGCGUUUUUUUGCCAUCGUCCCGACCUGAGCGCCCUCGCCGGCUUCGAGGAGUGCCUCCGCAGGAUAAGGAGCGACAUCGCCUUGGUGGACGGGCUGGAGCACCACCAGUCGUUCUUGGCGGCGCUUCCCUCUUUGCUCCCCCCAAGCUUGCCGGACAUGGCCGCAGUUCCCGCAGGAGCGCUUGAGUUGCCCAGCAGCAGCUACGUGGAGCGAGCUGCGGUACAAGAAGUUGCCGAUGGCCUCACCGCCCCGGAGGAGUCCCGUGCCCCCUACACCGUCGUCGGUAUGGGUGGAGGGGGGAAGAGCGUGCUGGCCUCUGCUGUCGUUCGCAAGCCGAGCGUGAGGGAGCACUUCCGCGGCGGUAUUUUCUGGGUGAGAGUGGGGAGGGGCGCGAAGAGCAGCCUCCUGGCUCUCCUCCAGGGCCUCGCCAGGGACGUGGGCGCGGCGCCGACGGAUGCUCCGUGCGGGGUUCCUCGCGUCCUUGACAGCCUCGAGCAGGUGCGGCAGCAUCUGGCUGCAGUUACAUCCACCGGCACCUCCCAACGCCUGGUGGUGCUGGACGAUGUGUGGGAGCGCGAGGUCGUGGAUGCGUUUGUUCCUCUGGGGUUCAAGGUGCUGCUGACCACGCGUGAUCGGUCGGUUGUUGGUGUGCCAGCCGGACGCUUGGAGCUGGGAGACGUGACGGAGGAAGAGGCGCUGGAGCUGCUGCGGAAGACGAGCGGGGCUGUGGGUCAGCCUGGUGACGAUGUCCGGACGAAGAUGACCAAGGUCGUUGCGCUCUGUGGACACCUACCGUUGGUGCUCGCUAUCGCGGGUUCCAUGUCCGUCGUGAGAGGGAAGGGCUUGACCGCCGUCGCCUGGGAAGAGCUGGCCAAAGAGUUGGAGAACGUGGCCAAGAAAAUGCGAGCUCGGGGCGAGCAGUCAUCGUCUAUGAAAGUGGUCCUUGAGACCAGUUUCGACUCGUUGGCAGUGCGGAAGCAAGAAGAGUUCCUGAAGAUGGCUGUGUUGGCCGCGGGUGCUCUUGCACCGAUCGAGAUGCUGCGCAAUCUGUGGGAGAUAGAGGACGCUGAGGGUACGCGAGACGACGCUGAGGGUCUGGUGAGCAAAUGCCUUCUACACGCUGUGGGAGGUGGUGGGUACCGUGUGCACGACCUGGUCCUGGAGUUUGCGAAGACUAGCAUCAGGGCAGAGGAGGAGACGGUGAAAAAGGCCACAGCGCUGCAGGCGCAGUACCUCGGGAGACUGGACGUGCUCGAGAGUUACGGAGACCCGGAGCACGGCACUGGAGACCAAGGCCUUUUCUUUUUGGAUGCCCUCUGGCGCUCGGUGGAGAAGCUCUCGGGGGACCCUGGGCUGGAGGUUGCAUCGUAUCGCGCCAGCCUCGAGGAGUUGGAGUCCUGUGAGGCGACGGAAGCCGUGGCGACAUCCUACGGGUCUGUAGGUUUCUUGUUCAACAUCCAGAGCAAGUACGCGGAGGCCGAACCACUCUAUGAGAGGUCACGGGCCAUACAGGAGAAGGUCUUGGGUCCGGAGCAUCCUCAUGUGGCUACGUCGCUCAACAACCGGGGCAAGUACGACGAAGCAGGGCCGUUGUAUGAACGUUCCCUUGCGAUCCACGAGAAAUUAUACGGACCUGAUCAUCUUGCGGUGGCAACAGCGCUCAACAACCGGGCGGGGUUGUUGAGAGCGCAGGGAAAGUAUGACGACGCGGAACCGUUGUACGUAAGAGCUAUCGUUAUCGGAGAGAAGGCGUUGGGCCCAGAGCAUCCAGAUGUUGCCGUGCAGCUCAACAACCGGGCGGGGUUGUUGAGAGCGCAGGGAAAGUAUGACGACGCGGAACCGUUGUACGUAAGAGCUAUCGUUAUCGGAGAGAAGGCGUUGGGCCCAGAGCAUCCAGAUGUUGCCGUGCAGCUCAACAACCGGGCGGAGUUGUUGAGAGCGCAGGGGAAGUAUGAGGAGGCCGAGCCGCUGUAUGAGCGGUCACAGGCAGUACGGGAGAAGGUGCUAGGUCCAGAGCAUCCUGAUGUGGCCGUAUCGCUCAACAACCGGGGUAAGUUCGCCGAGGCCGAGCCUCUGCACAGGCGGGCGACCAAGAUUUGGGAGACAGCGUUAGGUCCUGAGCACCCUGAUGUGGCCACAGCGCUCAACAACCGGGGUAAGUUCGCCGAGGCCGAGCCUCUGUACAGGCGGGCGACCGAGAUUUGGGAGACAGCGUUAGGUCCUGAGCACCCGAACGUGGCCACAGCGCUCAACAACCGGGCGGUGUUGUUGGACAGUCAGGGGAAGUAUGAGGAAGCCGAGCCGCUAUAUGAGCGGUCACAAGCCAUACGAGAGAAGGUCCUGGGUCCGGAACACCCUGCCGUCGCAACGGUGCUCAACAACCGGGCGGGGUUGUUGGAGAGUCAGGGCAAACACUCGGAAGCUGAGUCACUCUAUGAGCGGUGUCAGGCGAUAAACGAGAAGGCUCUAGGCCCUGAGCACCCAAGUCUGGCCACAACGUUCAACAACCGGGCGGGGUUGUUGCAGGCUCAGGGCAAAUACUCGGAAGCUGAGCCACUCUAUGAGCGGUGUCAGGCGAUAAAGGAGAAGGCUCUAGGCCCUGAGCACCCAAGUCUAGCCACAACGCUCAACAACCGGGGCAAGUACGACGAAGCCGACCCUCUCUAUCUGCGAGCUAUUGAGAUUGGGGAGAAGACGCUAGGCCCUGACCACCCAGAUCUUGCCACGAGACUCAACAACCGGGCGGAGUUGUUGAGAGCGCAGGGCAAGUACGAAGACGCUGACCCCCUCUAUGUCCGAGUCCUGGAGAUCCUAGGUGCCACAGUUGGCGAACAGCAUCCUAACUAUGCUUCAGCGCUCAACAACAGGGGCAAACACUCGGAAGCUGAGCCACUGUAUGAGCGGUGUCAGGCGAUAGAGGAGAAGGCUCUAGGCCCUGAGCACCCAAGUCUAGCCAGAACGCUCAACAACCGGGCGGGGUUGUUGAGAGCGCAGGGCAAGUAUGACGAGGCUGAGCCUCUGUACAGGCGCUCGCUGGCUAUCGACGAGAAAGUUUACGGUCCUGACCACCCUGAGGUCGCUACAGACCUCAACAACUGGGCGGAGUUGUUGAUAGCCCAGGAGAAGCACACGGAGGCACUUCCACUAUUGGAGAGGGCCCUCAGGAUCCGUACCAAGAAGCUUGGCUGGACGGAGGAAGAGCAUCAUACGGUAUUAUAUAGAAGUACUUGGGGUUCCAGGAGAAGAAGUCCCCGCAGGACGGGUCGGAAGUCCCCGCGGGACAGGUCGGCGUAUCUCGUGGAACACGAAGCGUUGGUGGCGCGCGAGGCCUCCAAUGGAUCCAAUGGAGAGGUGGCCGUGAAGAUUGUCACCAUCGGAAAGGCCAUCAACUUCUUGAGGCACCUGUGCGGGAACUCGGAGUGGAUCACGGGGCCCAUGGCCAAGGCGAGUUCGCUGGCGCUGCUGGCAGCGGCCCAGGCCACAACGCUGGAAUACGGGAACACGACAUCCCUCAGGGCUGUGGUGGAGUCUUGCUCCGCCUUGACCAAAUCCAGGCUCGUGCACCUCAUGCUCGGGCCCUACCGGCUAAAGUCGCACCUUCGAGUCCUCAAGAAGUUCCUGCUCCACGGACAGGGAGAUCUCAUGCUCACCCUCAUUGAAGUGCUCGGUCCAGAGCUUGACAAGAAGGCCACGGUGAUCUGCCGGCACAACGUCAUGGGGAUAGUCGAGGGCGUGAUCAAGACCAGCGCCAUCCUGCAGGACGAAGCGGGAGACGUUGCUAUUAGGAUCGGAGUCAAGAUCUCGACGGGUUACGACUUCGUUCGUGUGGCAAUGCCUGCCUCUCCAUCGCUCAGGGGAUGGGAUGUUUUUUCGCUCAAGUACGAUGUAGGCGCUCCCGUCUCGACCGUGGUUACGGAAGAGGUGCUAGUCGAGUACCCAAGAUUCUUCCACCUGCUUUGGCGUAUCAAGCGGGCAGAGUGGAGCCUGGCUUCGGCCUGGCGACUGCACACAAGCGCCACACACGUCCGGCUGGAGCAAGCCCUUCUGGAGCUGAAAGGCGCGCUGCACCGGUGCAGCCUAGUUCGCGGACAGAUGUUUUCCCUCACCACUAAACUCAGCAACUACAUGAUGUUCGAGGUGCUGGAGACUUCGUGGGGCACUCUGCAGCACAUCUACAACCGGGCGGAGUUGUUGAGAGUGCAGGAGAAGCACACGGAGGCAUUUCCACUAUUGGAGAGGGCCCUCAGAAUCCGUACCAAGAAGCUUGGGGUGAGGACGAGAUGGAAGACGCUGGCUGCGUUAGCAGUCACUGCCGACGCGAUGAAGAAGACAGGGGAGAAGCUCGCAUGA